CGUGACAUUGGCUUGAAUGUCACGUGACAGGGUAGAAACUCUAGACGGCUUAUUUCCGAAGAAAGAAAAACGAAAGAGGCAUCACUGUAGACGUUUCAUGCUUCUUGCCGAACUAUGUUGUAUAUCAGCUGUAGUACUACAAUAACGUCAUUUUAUAACCUGCGUGGUUCUGAUAUUUUAGCCAUGUGCUUCAGUUGCCUUUCAAAGCGAGAAUGUUAAUGAGCUCUGAAAGAGGAAUUUAAAAUAGCAUGAAACAUUUCAGGCUUCGAAACAACACGUUGAUGAGCUUAUUAGGAUGCUGGCACAACUGCAUUUUUUUUAUCCUGACUUUAACCUUUUGACCCCCGCCGCACGCGCAGCCGGUAGAACUCUUGUUGUUCUGUCAUUCGAAAGUGACGGGAUUAAUCUCUCCGCUCCAUCCUCUGAACAGGUGCUGUGUGCUGUCUGCGACGCCUGCCUGCCCAGCUUCUCUACAUUCUGCUAUCUCUGCAUUGAUACCUGAUACCUCCGGUACAGACACAGACUUCUGCUGCUUAGUCAGCACCCCUGCCCUCUUGUGCCCCCACCCCUGCGCUAUGAGCAGAGGUAGAGGAGGGCCCUCCAAAGAGCAGUACCACCGCCCCCCCCUCUCACACCUCCAGGCCAAGCCCCACUUCUACAGACUCGGGUCCGUGCGAACUCCCCCGCAGCAGACCCCGCACCAGAACGACUUCCCCAGUCUCCCUGUUCCUCCCCUUGUGCCCUCCCACUCGCUGCCCCAUCCCCUCUUCCCCGUCACCCCUCCCUUAUCUGGGCCGAACCCGGUCCGAACCCUCCACCCCGGGGCAUCGAACGGGUCGGAGCGGCUGAACUCAAACCGUGUGCCGAUUCUAAACUCGUUUCAGGACCAGCAGGUCCAGUUCCUAAGGGGACAGAACCUUGAGGCGCCCCAGUACAGGGUGAGCCCCAGAGGAGGGGGGCCGAGGGCUGUUGGUGUGAUACUCACCGGGCCGCCUUACAGUCCGUACCAGCCUCAGUCCGGCUUCAGCCGGUUCCCCCACCACAGCAACAGCCCCCGGGGUAGAGGGGGCUGCAGUCGAGAUCGAGGCAGAGGGAGCAGCAGAGAUUUGGGGUACCCACCUUUUCAAGGAGCCCCGAGAGGCAACCCUGGACCACAGCACUGGAACCACAACCAGAACAAAAACCAGAACCACAACCAGUACUCUAACAGGCAAUGGAGUCCUAAAGCGGAAUAUUCUGAAUCUCUAUUGAACGGCCUGCAGAGUUUAUCCUUUAACAGAGAGCGACCCAGCCGAGGAGGGGAGAGCAUUGACAAAGCGUCUGUUUCAAGUUCCAACUCCGGCAAGAAGACUUUGACUCCCGUUCAGCUAACACCUGAUAUUCAGGAGCUGAUCGUCAGAUGCCUGACUGAUUUGAGCCCCACUGAAAGUUUUCAAGCAAAGGUACUAGCCAAAAAGCUACAUCUGCCCAAAAAGAUCGUCAACCAGGCUCUGUAUGCUCUUGAGCGCACGCAGAAAGCAACGAAACAAGGGAGCAGUCCUCCAGAGUGGACUCUGUUCAGGGAGUCUCCCCAAGGUGGGGAAGACCAGGACACGCAGAACGAAACACAUUCCCAACAGACGCAAAGCACAGGAGAGUCGCAGCCAGCUCACAAACGCUUUCUGUCACCGGUAAAGAAGGAACAUGCGGCUGUAGACGCUGAGGUCAGCGAAGACGUCCAACAAGCCAACGCACAACCCGGAGAGGCUGAAGGGGAAGAAGAUUCUGACGCCGAAUCAAAUUCCUUCUCGUCUUCAUCUUCUUUGGAAUCGUCAGACUCGUUCCACGAACCGCCACAAGCACAAGACCUGGAAGAACCGGACCCGGUCACAGCCAGCUCUGCCAGCCAGCCUCUCGACCUCCACCUCGAAACCCCCAACAUGGCGGAAAGCCGGGAACAGAAGGAGCAGGUGAUGCAGUACCUGCUAGACACCAGGGAGGUGACCGCUCUGGUCAUAGCCAAAAACAUGGGCCUGAAGACCGCCAAGCAGGUGAACCCCACCCUCUACGCCCUGGAGAAGCAAGGGGACGUGGUCAAGAACUCGGAUGUUACCCCUUUCACCUGGGACCUGUCUGACCACCGCAGGGACAGGAUGCAGCGCAGCCUCAAGGCCUCGCAGCACGCCGCCACGGAGAUGCAGGUGGUGGAGGCAGGAGGUGGGGCCGGGCAAGCAGGAGCGGUCACCUCAGAAAUAUUGUCCCCAUUUCCAGGGAGGGACACACUCCCGUCUGCCCCAGGUCUUCAGUCGCAGGAGAGCCAAGAGGGGGAAGACGAGGCUAAUGGGGACCAGUGGGCCAGUGACGACAUACCAGAAUUCCUUAAUGCUAUUCGCCGGCAGACUGAUGUGGAAAGGGCUGCUGCCAUGGGAACGGUCGCCGUGUCCUUGGCAGCACCUCCUCCCCAAAACCUGCGGGCGAAACUGCAAGAAGUGAAAACUAAGAACCCCGUCAGUGGCUUGAUGGAGUAUGCCCAGUACCUAGGGCACAACUGUGAGUUCCUGCUUCUUGACCAAUCAGGGCCCUCCCACGACCCCAGAUUUCGUAUGCAGGUCAUGCUGGAUGGCAGGUUGUUUCCAAUCGCUGAGGCGUCCAAUAAGAAGGUGGCGAAGAAAGAUGCCGCGGCAGCAACCCUCCGCAUCCUGGUCCGGGAGAUGGAUGGAGGAGGUCCGGAGGGGGAGGAGGGGGCCGUCGCUGGCAUGGAUCAGGCCAUGGAUCCCAAUCCAGACACUGCUGUAAGUGUGUCCAGCACCAGCGCCAUUGGCGCUGUGGAGGGCCCGCCCCAGGCCCUGUCCCGCUCGCUCCCCGGGGGGAAGAACCCCGUGUCCAUGCUGAUGGAGUUCAGCCAGCGCACAGGAAGCCCCAUCGAGUUCAUCAACACGGGCCAGGAGGGCCCGCCACACGACCCACGGUUUAUGUUCAGGGUGAAGAUCGGAGAGACGCUGUGUGCUGAGGCCUCAGCCCCCAGCAAGAAGGCUGCCCGGCAGCUCGCUGCAGAAGAGGCCGUCAAAGAGCUGAUGUCAGACGGGAGGCUCCAGCUUAACAAGCCCCAGCUGCCCCUCUGUCCGUCAGGGGACGGUGAGGGGGGUGCCUCCAUGCCUCCCUGCCCCUCCCUCCCUCCCCUGACAGCGGAGGAGCUCCGCGCGGCCCACGAGGCCGGGGUAGGUGACCUCAUCAACCACCUGAACAACAACGCAGUGUCUGGCCUUCUGGAGUACGCCAGGGCCAGGGGCUUCGCUGCUGAGAUCAGGCUGGUGGGCCAGGCCGGACCGCCGCAUGAACCCAAGUUCACCUACCAGGCUAAGCUGGGGGGUCGCUGGUUCCCUCCAGUGCGCGCCUCCAACAAGAAGCAGGGGAAGCAGGAGGCUGCAGAUGCCGCUCUGAGGGUGCUGAUUGGGGAGGCAGAGAAGGCGGCCCGUACUGGGGAGCUCACCCCAGCAGAGGUACUCAUUCUGCUGCCUGUGAGCGGCAGUACUCUGCAUGACCAGAUCGCCAUGCUGAGCCACCAGCGCUUCAACUCCCUGACCACGCGCAUACAGCACAGCCUUCUGGGACGCAAGAUCCUGGCCACCUUUGUCAUGAGGAGGGGGGAGGGUCUGGGGACCGUGGUGAGCCUCGGCACAGGAAAUCGCUGUGUUAAAGGAGAGGAGCUGAGUCUUAAAGGGGACACUGUGAACGACUGCCACGCAGAAAUCAUCUCCAGGAGGGGGUUCGUGAGGUUUCUGUAUAAUGAGUUGCUUAAGCACUGUGAAGGGUCGGAGGACAGUAUCUUUGAGUCUGCAGAGGAAAACAAGCUUCAGAUCAAACCCGACAUCACCUUUCACCUCUACAUCAGCACGGCCCCCUGUGGAGAUGGCGCUCUGUUCGACAAGUCCUGCAGUGAGUCAGCAGAGGAGGGCGGUGCGGGGCACCAGCCUCUGUUUGAGAACGCCAAACAGGGCAAGCUCCGCACCAAGGUGGAGAACGGUGAGGGCACCAUCCCAGUGGAGUCCAGUGCCAUCGUGCCCACCUGGGACGGCAUCCAGCAUGGGGAGAGACUGAGGACCAUGAGCUGCAGCGACAAGAUCCUGCGCUGGAACGUGCUGGGCCUGCAGGGGGCGCUGCUCAGCCACUUCCUGCACCCCAUCUACCUCAAGUCCAUCACUCUGGGCUACCUGUACAGCCACGGUCACCUGACCCGAGCCGUGUGCUGUAGGCUGGCCAGAGACGGCGAGGCGUUCACCAAAGCUCUUCCUCCUCCGUACACACUCAACCACCCAGAGGUGGGCAGGGUGAGUGUGUACGACUCGACGCGCCACACGGGGAAGACCAAGGAGUCGAGCGUGAACUGGAGCCAGCCAGACCACAUCACCGUGGAGGUGCUGGACGGCACCAAGGGCAAACUGGACGGCCCCAAGCUGGACGUGUCGCGGGUCUCCAAGUCCAACCUGUUCCGUGUGUUCCGGACGCUGUGCCAGCGCUGUGGCCGAGAAGAGCUCCUGGACCUGCCGUCGUACGCCCAGGCCAAGAUGGCCGCCGCCUCCUUCCAGCAGGCCAAGGAGCACUUCUUCCAGGCCCUGGACACGCACGGGUACGGCUCCUGGAUCGGCAAGCCCCUGGAGGAGAAGAGCUUCGAGGCGGGGGAAGGGGCGGGGGGGGCGCCGGAUGUUCAGGCUGUGGCGCAGACGCAAGGAGGGGGAAGUGUUGCUGUCGGCAACCAGGGACAUGGCAAUAACAACAACAAUCAUGGAGUCCCAGCUCCUGUGUUCAGUCCGGGCCAGGAUUGGCUUGGUGUGGCACGUACACACACCAUGUAGAGGGAGGGGCGCGCACACACACCAUGUAGAGGGAGGGGGGAGGGGGCAAGCGGAGGAGGAAACACUGAUCCUAGGGGAGAGAUGGAGUGAAGAGGGCUUGGAGAUGCAGAGGAGAAGGGAAGGGGAUGCUUGAUAGGGAGUUGCCAGCAGCCAGGACCGCAUCUUCCUUGAAGAGAAGGUUGUAGGGCAGCAGAACGAGUGAUACGAAGGGACAGAACGCCUGAGAGGGAGGAUGGAGGGAUGGAUAGAGAGGGAAGGAUGGGAGGAUGGAUGGAGAGAGAGAGAGAGAGAAGGAGGGAUGGAGUGAAAAAGAAAGCCUAAAGGUGGGGCUCAAAUAGCAGCAAGACGGAUGGUGAGGAAAGAUGGAUCUGAAAGUGAAUGCUGUUGAAAGAAAAAUUAAAAAAAUAUUUUGUUAGAUAUCAAGAGUUGGCAUGAGUAUAUUCUAAAGAGUAUGGAAAUUGCACUACUGAAAAACCACAAUUCAAAUCAUUGAAUAGAGUACAGCAAUGUGUCCCUGUUGUAGUCUCAGUGUACAUAAGAUGCAGUGAAACUCUAACCUUUAUACUCUACUUACCUAGCCAUUGACUCUGUAUAAUGUUUGAGUAUUAGCAUGUUAUCUACCUGAGCAUAGAUACUGGUCACUCUGUAGAAUAAACCAGCAUUGUAACAUUUAGUACUCCCAUGACCCAUCCCUAUAUCAUAUGCUGUUGCCGUGGCACCGAAUCGUGCCAAUCCUUUAAUUCAGCCUUCUCUGAGCCAUCCCAUAAUAUCCCUGUACUGUAAUGUAGAUUCACGGAUGUUAUCCCACAAAAUCAUAAUCAAACUGUUUUAUCUUACGAUCUCCAGUUCUCUUUGGUUCACUUUCUGAUGUUGUCACUAGAUGGUCCCAUGUGGGAGAGGGCUGAGAGGACAAAGGGUUUGAUUUGCAUGAGCAGUUUGGUCUUGAUUAAUGUUUUAAGGGCGAUGUAGCUGAUCUGUUAUUAUUCGCCUGUCAGCCCAUGCUUGCAGUGUAAUCGCUUUGCUUUUGUCCUUUUCUUGCACGGUCAUGUCUUGAUGACUUGGUUUUAAGAGAACAAUUCGGUUGUUUUUGAUUGUUUAUCGUUUUAAAUGUUUUCUGGAUCUUCUGAAAUGGAAACACCGGAGAGGUGAUGCAAUAUAUACAUCAUGUACAUACAAAUGCAUAAACACACAGAUGUAUAUGCAAAUAUGGAUGUUUGUUACACAUCGUAUAUAUGUUUGUGUGUGUGUGUAUAUGUAUAUAUUUUAUGUAUAUAUUAUUUUGUAAGUCAUACUUGAGAUGGGUUUUUUUUUAAUUGUGUUUGAUUUAUGGUGAUUCUUUUCUUUCUCUGUCAAAUGUGUAAUGAUUAAAAUAACUUUGUUUUUUACGGAUGGGAUCCUCCUUGAAAAGUGUUAAACAAAAUUAAAUUGACCAGCAAUGUUUAUCCCA